AUGCGCGCCUGGACAGUGCUGCGCGGGCUCGUCGCAUCCGCCCAAUCGUGCACGUAUUACCGCUACUACAGCAGCUACGUGGUGGCGGACGGCCGGAGCUGCAGGUCCGCAGCGACAGCGUGCGCCGUCAACUCGUCGUGCCUCGAGGUAUCUUACCGCGUGGACACGGAAUGGCCGAAUGCACGUGCCGUGGGUGACAUGACCUACUACAAGCCGUCCCACCUGUCGGUCACAAACGUCGAGACGCUCGACAUUAGUGUCGGGUCCUUGCUCACUCCGCGCACGUGGUGGAUCACGAACGUGUCUACGAUCAUGAUGCCAUCCGCGUGGCCGUCGAGCCUGGAAAACUUGUACCUCCAAAACACCAGCCUCACGCGGAUCCCUGCCGGGUUGCCGUCGACCGUCCAAAAUUUGGGACUCUACAUCAACAGCAUUUCCGACGUGACAAGUCUGCCAAGUCAGCUUGGCACGGUGGACCUGCGCUUCAACCCAAUCGAAAAGCUCGUCAACCUCGACAUGACGGCCAACCUGAGUACCUUGGACAUUAGCAACACGCCGAUUACGACGCUCUCCCGCGUCUAUUUGAGCGACAAGAUGAAAUACUUUGCUUGCUACAAUUGCACGCAGCUCGCCAACGUCACCAUCACGCAAUCAACCUUCAACGCGCUUGAUCGUCUCGGCCUCUUCGCAUACGUCACCGCUACCAUCGUCCGCAACGGCAUUGAAAGCACUCAGAAAGUUCCCACCGGCUUUACAUCGACCAAGCGUUCAGCAUGGAUGUCGCUCCACACGGCGUUGAUUGCGGGCGUGGCUGCGGGCGUCGUCGUCGUUCUUCUCGGAAUCAUCGGCUUUUGCAUCUAUCGUCGUCGCCAGCGCACCUUGAAGAACGAGAGGGCGCAGCCCGAGGAUGCCGCCACUUGCUACUUUCCAGUGCUGCCAACGCCGGUCGUCUCGAUCGGCACGGGCACCGGCCCCUCGACCGCGCAGGACCAGGGCUCGCAGCGCGGCGGCCGCAUCGUUGAGACCGGCGACGAUGUCCUCAACAUGGCCCCGCUACGCAAGUUCAAGCUCGAGAUCGACGACUUGGUCACGGUCGGCUCCAAGCCGAUUGCGUCCGGUGCCUACGGUGACGUGUGGCGUGGCCGCUACUUGAAGGAAGACGUCGCGAUCAAGCGCAUCAAGCACGACUCGACGCGCCACAUUCAAAAGUUUAUGGACGAAAUCCUCCUCCUUUCCAAGAUGCAGUGCAGCUACAUCGUCGAGUUUGUCGGCGCGUCGUGGCGCCGGCCGAUGGACCUCGCGUGUGUCGUCGAGUACAUGGACCUCGGCGACCUCCGGUCGUUCUUGUCCAAAACGACGCCCGACCAGUUUACGUGGCCGCAAAAGCACAUGAGCAUUUCAAGCGUCGUGCUCGGCCUUUUGUACCUCCACACGUUCGAGACGCCGAUCAUCCAUCGCGACCUCAAGUCCCGCAAUGUGCUUCUCGACUCGAAAAAGGGCACCAAGCUGACGGACUUUGGCGAGUCGCGCGAGGUGGACGAGAACACGCUCACGUGUGGCAUUGGCACGUACCAGUGGAUGGCGCCCGAGGUCAUUGGUGGUAGCGAGUACACGGUGGCCGCCGACGUCUACUCCCUCGGGGUGCUGCUCACCGAAUUUUCGACGCACUUGACGCCGUACUCGGACAUGAUCAACCCGCACACGCAAAAGCAGUACAACCAGCAGUACCUCCUCACGCAAGUAGCGUCCGGGAAGAUCCGACCCACGAUGGACCUCUCGACGACGCCGACGUGGGUCACCGACUUGGCGCUGCAGUGCAUGGCGACCAACCCCGAUGAUCGGCCAAGCAUCAUGGUCGUUGCGGCCAUGGUCCCUCGCGUUGUCUAA